UUUUGUCUCCCAAAUGGUUCACUCCAAACAAAGCCGUGAGCGCGUGAACGACUGAAUUACACUCGAACCGCUGGAUUGAACGGAAGCGGGUUCGGUUCAGUACCGGUCCCUGUGGGGAAACUGUCAAACCAUAUCAAGAUUCAGAGCAAAAGGAUAUAUACGUUUUUGUUGGUUUCUACAAACGCUAACGCGUCUGUUUGGUUCUACCCAGUGGUUGUGAAAGAUAGGUUUGGAUAAGGAGGAAUUCACCUGUUAUGGUUCUCCUUAAUGGGAAUGCUUGUUCAUCUCGGCUUAAGGACUUGCUAUAUUAAAUGAAAGACAGGUUUCCUGGACGUUGAAAAUGAUGCUGAGGUUUAAACUCGAAUAGAGGAGGACAUUUCUACUCCUGGAUGAGCGCAGGAGCUGGAGGAAUUGGUGAAUCUUCUUGAAUGGGACAUUCCUUUUGAAUUUUUCUGACCCUACUCUUCCCUCUCUUGCCAUCUCCUUCCAUAAAGUCCCCCACGUGACCCUCGUGAUCAUCAUGUCCUCUGAGGCCCAGAUUCUGGCCUUUAAACUCGCCCCACCAGCUCAGGGUGGGAACGGAGACAGUCUUUUUAGCUGUGACGAGGAGAUCGAGCGGCGCUAUGAAGUUGUCCCUUCUGUUGUCUGCUCCAUGUGCUGCCUCUUUGGCAUCAUUUAUUGCUUCUUUGGCUACCGCUGUUUUAAGGCUGUAAUGUUCCUGACCGGCUUGAUGUUCGGCUCCAUCAUUAUUUUCAUGCUGUGCUACAAGGAGCGAGUGAUGGACACUCAGCUGAGCGUGGAGGCCAGUGUGGGAAUUGGGCUGGGCAUCGGCACGCUGUGUGGUUUAGUUACCAUGCUGGUGCGUAGUGUGGGGCUCUUCAUGGUAGGCCUGCUGCUGGGCUUGCUGGUGGCACUGGCCUCAUUGGUAGUGCUGGAAGAAUUCUACCAUCCUCGUACGGUGUGGCUGCCACUGGGUGUACUGCUAGGUUCAGGCAUGCUGUUUGCUGUGCUCACUCUGCAGUGGCAGCGCUGCUUCACCACACUCUCCACGGCUGUGUUCGGCUCAGCCAUUGUUACUGUCACUGUGGAUUAUUUUGUGGAGCUGUUUGCACUCACACGCUACAUCUAUGAAAGGGUGAAGGUGGCACCUCCUCAGCCUGUCUGCUGGUACACGUGGGUGGUGAUGGGCGUGUGGCCUGUGCUUGCCCUGCUGGGAGUCCUUAUUCAGUGGAAGGUGACUGCAGAUGGAUACUCACACACUGAAGUGUUCAUCAGUCAUCAGCAGAGGCGGCUGCAGCUGAUGAAGAUUCGGCAAAAAGAGGAGAGAAGAGAAAACAGGAAAAAGAAGCAGAAACAACAACAGAAACCCCAACAGCAGCAGCAGCUGCAGCAUAAGCAGAAACAAAAAUACCACCAUCCUCCCCAGUCUAACCCUCUUUCCACCAACCCUCCUGCAAAAGUCCAGCAUCAAGAACCCACAUAUCGCAGGAAACCCAACCCCACACGGCGCUAUGAUGGAGAUGUUCUCUCGCCGAGCUACAUUCAGCAUUUCCGGGACAGACACGUGGACAGACGUGGCUACUCACACGGCAGAUUGAUUAGCAGCUCUCAUACAGUGGAUAUAGACUAUGACUGCGGCUCUCAGGUCCCUCUGACCGCUCAUACAGGACCUGCAGUGAGGGUGUGAUCAUGCCCCCUUGUGUUCAGUGGCGUUGUUCCAACCAGGCCUGCUCCUGUGCAGUCCUCAGUUCAGAGUCUGAACGGAGAAGAAGCGUUCAUACAGUGGACCCACAUGCUGUGGCUCUGCUUUGUUGUGUAAUAAGUGAUGCAGUGGGGAGGAAUGUUUUUGUCAACAACCUUAUUCAUCAGGGCUCUGACUGGAAAUAGUUUCUCUCUUUCUAGAUUGAAAUUGUGUACUACUGUGUGUGUGCGUGUGUGUGUUUGUGUGUGUGUGUGUGCGUGCCUGGCCCUCCAUGGUUCCCCGGAUCAUUAUUUGACAGUACGCUGUCCCUUGGCAUGCAGAAUGAGCUCAUUACUUGUAACAGCCAUUUUAAACAGGGGACAUUAUUCAGACUGAGCACUGGACCAAAUGUGGCUCUGAAGCCUCCCCAUCACACAUAAAUCAUACUAGUUUCUGAACAAAACAGCAUGUCUAACAGCAGACAUUAUAACUCUUCCUUGCAGGAGGGAAAUAUGCCCAGUUAUGGGGAUGCACUCUAUUCACCGGAAGGUUGUUUACAGUACAGAAGAGGCCAUAGGUACAUUUUACAGGAGCAGAAAACUGUGAGCUUCGUUUGUCAGGACUAAUGGCCCAAUUCUGUGCACUUUUCCAAGGAAAGGAUCUUACAGGUCCUUUACUGAGACAUACUGCCAAGCAUGUCAAGUACUUGCUGGUGUUGGAUUACCUCAUUCAGAUGAUGUUGGGUGAAUAAGGCACCAUUUUUCAUUGUCAAAAUUAAGACUGAAUUUAGCUCUCAUUAUGUCCCAUAUGGCUUAGUUAAAGCUUUCAUGCAGCAACUCCUAUUAGACCUGUUGGGGAUAAGGCAUUAACAGAUUACCCUAAUGAUGCAGGUAACACUGUGAAACUACGGGAGCUUUUGUGCAGAUGAUUUAAAGUGUCCUUGUCUACUGUGAAGGUUUUUCAAUGUGUCCAAGGUAUUGACUGAAUAAGAGUGAAGAUUUAAAAUGGUGGUCCAGCCACAUUAAACAGGGAUAUUAUAUGUUUGUGUGUAUAUAUGUAUGUAUGUGUGCGUGUGUGUUUGUUUCUAUGUCUAAUUUUGUGGGGAGGAAAAGUGUGCAUGUGUAUGUAUGCAGAGUACCGAAAAGGCGAUCAACGUAGUAUUUUGUCAUUUUUGACGUUAGCAUUUGUUUACAUCCUGCCUAUUCCUCUCAUGGAUGUGUAAAUCGUCUUCAGUCUGGUUCGAACUCAAAACUGUAAAGAACUGAAGCAGUCAUCCUCGCUCUGUUUACUGUCUUUUACUACAGCAGCAUCUGUUGCUUCUGGACAUUUUGUACAUUUAGCUGAAUGCUGAACAUAUUUGUACAUAUCCUACCAAUAGUGUCAUGUUUUGUGUGUUUUUCUCUGAUUGAUACAUAAUUACAUCUGAAUGCUGAUGCAGUGUCAUCAUGAGUCUACUGGGUCUAUUUAUAUUUCAACAUUUUUGUUGUUUGAAAAUGACAGAUGGAAGG